AUGGCACCCAUACGCGUUGCUCUCGUCGGUCUCUCAGCCUCUGCAAAGGUCACUUGGGCCGCGGACGCCCAUCUUCCCUAUCUUCUCUCCACUCGAGGCAAAGAGCGCUACGAGCUGGUCGCACUACUCAACUCAUCCGUCGAGGCUGCCGAAACAGCAAAGACCACUUUCAAGCUCUCAAAAGAUGUCAAAGCAUAUGGUGAUCCAUCAAAGCUCGCCGCUGACCCAGACAUCGACCUGGUCGUUGUCAAUACGCGUGCCGAUGUACACUUCCCCGUGGUCGAGCCAAGUGUCCGUGCAGGCAAAGGUGUGUUCAUCGAAUGGCCGCUCACAGAGAAUUUCGCAAAAGCAGUCGAGUUGACACGGGGCCAACCGUAUCCGAACAGCAUAAUUGGUCUCCAAGGACGUGUGGCGCCUCUCACACUGCGUUUGAAAGAGAUCUUAGCGACUGGAGUCAUCGGAAAAGUGCUCAAUAGUGAGGUCCGCACGUAUGGAAAUCUCAUGCCACGAGACAGUGUGCCAGAGCGUCUGACGUAUUUCGCCGAUCGUAAGGUUGGCGGCCAUCCGAUCAACAUCUAUUACGGUCAUCUGAUCGACUUCGUGCACGAAGUACUCGGUGAUUGGCAAGACUUCCAUGCUCUUGGACAGAUACAACGCCCUUCGCUCAAAGUCGUUGGCGCAAAUGGACAGGAUGCAGGGAGCGUAAAGUCAGACGUCCCUGAUUUCCUAUCGGUCCACGGUACUCUUCAGAAUAACAAAGGCGUUGUGGCUCCGGGGGCAACUCUCCUGGCAACAUUCCGCCUUGGUCCACAGUUCAAAGAUGAGCCAGGUCUCGUUUGGACGAUCAACGGCGAAAAGGGCGAAUUGAGGCUUGCCGCCCCAGGACCAUAUCUUCAAUCCGGUUACUCUUUUGACGGGCCUAUUACGAUCGUGCAUCACGAACAUGCAACCGACAAAUUGACGGAGCUUGGCUGGGACUGGCCUGAUUGGCAAAAGGACUAUGGACUAAGGGCUAGGAGUGCAGCUGAACUCUACGAACGGUACGCAGAAUGGGUAGAAAACGGAUGUCCUGAUACCGUACCAAAAGAGAGACAGUGGCCAAGGCUGGACGAUGGUGUUGCGCUUUUAAGGGAGUUCGACAAACUCUACAAACAGAUUGAUGCAGAUUGGUGA